UAGGGACAAGAACAAGGCGUGCUGACCCCGGGUGCGCCGAAUGCACCCGGGGUCAUCGUCGUCACUGUUUGAGGUCUCGAAGGAACCAGGGCAGUUUUAUAGUAGUGAUGAUGAUUAGUGAUUAACGUUUGUGCUUGUUUCAUAAAUGUUUUGGAUAACUCUCAAAGCCACAGACGAUGUCUUGCACUCCAUCAUCGGCAAUUUGAUUGAGGCAUGUAUCGUCAGUCCGGUGGGGCGUGCCAAAACGCAAACAACCUAUUCGAAGCAAAUAAAUCACAACCACAAGAAAGACGUCUAACAAAAUAUUUCUUUCCCCUGAAAUCAGCAUGGAUUUACGUGGCCGCUUUACUCGCCUUUCACGCCGCUUUGAUCCCCAAGACGUGGGGCUACAGGAACGAUGAUAGGAAAGGACUUUUGAAAAAGAAUUAUUCAGAACUUUUGUACGGGAAUAAUUAUAAUGCAACGUUUGGUGAAGGAUUGGACUAUGAGUUGGAGGAGAGUUUAGAAAGUGACAACGUGUCUUUAGACACUCGGACGAAAUUUAGUGAUAAAUAUUUUAGUAUGGAUUUACAAAGUACCGGGUUUAGUCGUUAUUUAGACAGUGACAGUUCAGAGUUAUUAUUAUACAACCACAGUGAUCAAUCAUCAAGUGUUGAUUCCAAUUCCGAUUCCAGAUCCAAUUUGGUGCAUCCUAUUUCUAGGUCUGAUAGAGAAACAGUGCGUAAAGUGUCUGUGUUAGGUUUAUUUGAACUGAGUACUGCAUAUGGAGAAAGGCCAGAAGGCAACAGUGAAUUGGCAGCGGCUAUGUUGGCUGUCAGACACAUCAACGAGAGGAAACUCCUACCUGGUUACUCGCUCGAACUUCUGACUAAUGAUACAAAGGGUAUGGUGCGAAUGGUUUGUUUGCGGAGGAUACAUGCAAGUAAUAUGAAAUAUAAUCGAUACAUAUUUCUGCUGUAA